AAUUUUGACGAGGAUUUUGUGAUCUCAAUUCCUGUGCUCCCCUUGCAAUUGGACGAGGUUAAUGAGGAAAGGGAAGUUUUCUUCGUCUCCCAUUUUGAAUCUGAUUUUCAUUUCGAUCGGAGAAGUUGCAUUGUUAAUCCGUGCGUGAAAGUCAAGAUGUGGUGGGGAUUACUUCAUCGCCAAGAACGAGGAGGACCACUCUUCCUCAGAUUUUCUCUGAGUCUUCUCAUUAUCCAAAAUAUGAGAACUCCGGGCGCCAAUGCGCAGAAACUCGAGGAAGUGGCGCUGCCCAUCCAAGAAGCAUACAUAACGGACUUUGACCAUCACUCGGAAUUUCCCCCUCGAGCCGCCAAGGUCAGUUUGGAUCUGGGAUCGAGCUCCUACUCCUCGAUGAUGGGUCGAUCGCACUACCGUAGCUUGGGAUCGGCUUCUCGCUCCAGUCCGAAACAUGCUCUGGCGGAUUUCACCGAUUUCCUUUCUCGUCAGACCUCAGGUCUGGACCCGAAUGGCGACAGCAUGGGCUGCGGCUUUUGUCGAACGGACCUACGAGAAGGUGAUAAUGGAACAGUAAAGAGCUCGAACUUCCCCUACCCGUAUCCCGACAACGAGAACUGCUUGUGGUUGCUUCAGACCGUGGACCCCGAUCUGCGUGUCGCCCUGACUUGCGACACGAUCCACCUGGAAUCCUGCGGAACCUUGGGCAAGAACUCACCCAUGUGGAAAGACUAUCUGAUCAUAUCUCCAUUAUGGUCAUUUAAAAAGAGCUGGGUGUACUGCGGACAUGCCACCACAAUGACUGCUUUGAGACACAUCUCACUCUGUGACAAAAUGGCCAUCGCAUUUCGGAGUAAUGAGAACGGAAAGCGCUACCAGGGGUUUCAUUGCACCUACCAAGUGUUCAGAUCCGAGGAGGGGCGACUAGGGGCCAAUGUGUAAUUACCGAGAUAUCUUUUUUUUAUUGUUGAUCGCAUUGAUUUUUGGUCACAGUCGGUUUGCUAAUGAUUCAUUUAAGAUUUAUAUGCUGCUCUUUUCUCUA